AUGACACCUAACGGUGUUAGAACAAAAACAAAAAUUAUCACAAGGCGUGAUGUUGAACAUAAGAAAUUGAUGGUAACAUUGCAGUGUUCUAUAGAUUUGAAUGGACACUACGAUAUGAAGGGACGUCUAUUGUUCCUUCCCAUUGAAGGCAACGGCAAACUAAUCGUGAAACUGAAAAAAGCCGUCGUCAAGGUAGCAGGUGAGCUAUCAGAGAUCACCAAGGAUGGCAAAAUUUACUGGAACAUCAAGAGCUGGGAUCACGCAUACAAACUUCAAGAGAAAUCAUCCGUAGUAUUUGAAAAUCUUUUUAAUGGAAACGCAGCUUUAUCUCAAGCCGCAGAACAAGUGAUUAAAGAUAAUGGCAAUGAGAUCAUCGACGAAGUUGGCCAGCCCGUGAUUAAGGCAAUCCUUACCAAAAUCGUGGACGCUGUUCAGCAAUUCUUCCACUCCGUACCCAAAGAAGAGCUGGCUGAUGAUUAAACUCCUAACGUUGGACUGUAAAAAUGGACUGUAACAACUGAACUGCUACAU